AUGCGAUUAACCCUUGGUCAAAAACGUGAGGUAGUGGAUCUAGUAGCAAGUAAGAAAUUUACUCAUCGAGAACUUGCCGAGAAAUUUCAUGUCGGUCGUACGACAAUUACAAACAUUUGUCGACAAGAAGAUUUGAUUCGGAUUGAAACGGAUUCAGCUGAUGCACUCAAGAAAAAACGUAAAACAACGAAAUGUACCUACGAUUUACGAAUUUUGGAUGAAUGUUUACACAAGUGGAGAAUGGAAAUUAAAGUCUCGAAUCCAGAAAUUAAACUUACAGGUACUGUCUUACAGCAAAAAGCUAUGGAAUUAGCAUGUAAAAUUGUUCAAGAACCAUAUGGCACAUUACCAGAUAAAAUCAAACACGCGUUGCAAAAAUUUACAGGUUCAAAUGGAUGGCUCGAUGGAUAUCGAACGAGAUUUGGAUCAUUUAGUAGCAAACAAUUACAUGGAACUGGAGAGCAAAGUGUGAUUAAAAAUGUAGAUAUUCAGACACGACUACGAGAGUUACAUUAUAGCUUUAGUCAUGUAGAGCUACAAGAUAUUUGGACAGCAAGUGAGUUUGCACUCAUGUACAAACUACCGGUCGUGGAUGGAAGUAGUCAUAUGGAUGGCAAUAAUGGAAGGUAUACCGUGUCGCUCUUUAUAAGUGCAGCGGGAGAAAAGUUUGACAUGCAAGUGAUUGGAAUGGAUCGGAAUCCACUCUUACUGGAAGCAAUUGAUACAAAAAAGAUGUACAAGAUUCAAUAUGGAUACUCAAAAACGGGAUGGCAGGUAGCACAGACAACUGUGACCAUGCUAAAGUCUCUAAACGUACUCGCGCGAGAACGCAAACGCACGUUUCGAGUAAUCUUAGACUCGGCAGUACCACAUGUUAAGGCUGCAAUGAUUUUGGAUUCGCAAGGAGACCAACGCACAUUCUUUGUUUAUGAUCAUCUGCAGAUUUACUUCUUGCCGCCAAAUUUCAAGGUUCCGCGGUUCCACCCAUGCCACCUUGGUGUGAUUCAAGCUUUCAAGGCUCGCUUUCGCAGUGAAAUGCUUGAGACACUGUUCAGCAUUUAUCGACAGGGCGUGGUCAGUCAGGACCCUCAUGGCUUCCAUCCACAGCGACACUUGCACACGCGCAACGUUUUCCAUUGGCUUUACGUGGCCCUUUACAGCCUUGAAAAGCAUCUUGUCCAGAAUUGCUGGGUCCACAGCGGCUUAUUGCCAACGCAGGUGAUUGCAUCUCUCAAUUUGCGUGCUAUCUUAAGCAGUAAUUGCGUGGUCGGAUCAUCCGUCAAUAUUGUCUCAAACACUUCCAGUGGUAGCGGGAGCGACAGUAACGCCAGUGCACACACUGGCAUUAAUGGAGUGAACAAAGUGGCAUCAACUGGAGGUGCUGACUCGAUCACCACCACUCAAGAAAGUUUGCCGUCUUCAGCGCUACUGUACCGCGAUCUGCAGCAACAGAUGACAAAUAUCGCUCUGAUUGCUCCUGACUUUCUACGCUGGAUUGGCGUAAAUGACCCUAUGAACGCACAGGCAUUUGCGGAGAUUGAAGGCAACGCUUUGGUGACCGACCCAGGUAUUGACGAGGUCCAGAUCAUCCGCGGUGUGCUGCAAAAGCAUGGGUACCUGUCCACUAAGAAGCUUGACGACGAAAGUCAUGCGGCAGGGUCGUACGAAACCUUUGGUGAUGUUGCUGAGGAGUCCUGUCCGUCGUACGACGAGGUCGUGGCUUCCAUACGAAUCCUUAAAAACUACUUGCGUCUGUCAAAAGACGUGUUACCAGCCCGCGUCGAGGCAAUAGUGCAACUGAACAAACUCAAGAAAGCAGUUGACACUGCCGCCUUCCGUGACGCAAACAUUCGUGACGUGUGA